AACAAUUUACAGAAAACAGCAUCAAGUUUGCAUGAAUGUGAGUGAAAAUGACAAUUUUUUUCCUUCAAAAUAAUCUUUAUAAACGUCACAAAAACGGUUUAACUCUAAAUUGGCGCUAUAUAUCAUCGCAUAUAAGCCUGUUUACGUUGAUCGAUGUUAUAAUCGGUAGCGUUUUACCCAGCACCCGCGAUCAUAUCUGCAUUGUUUAGGCCACUGAAACUGGUAUAGCAUUAAUUUGAAAUAGAAUAGGAAAUUGCUAUGCAUAAUUGUGGGCAGCUGAGCAUGUAUUUAUGGAAUAUAAUGAAAAAAGAAAUGAAAUAAAGACUGAAGUAUGAGAGAGAGUAGUAAAAAUGAAAUUUGAUCUAGUAGAGCUAUUGUAAAAGCACCCAAAUAAUAGAAGUUUCAAUGGUUUAUUUACGUUUUUGAGACAUAUUAAUGUGAUUAACCGGAUUUGAUUAAUUGUAUCAUUUUAAUUCAUUGUUAUUGCUUACUUGUUAUUUCAUUGUUAUUAUUAAUAGUAUUUUUGUAUGUAUGUAUUUAUUUUUUUGUUAUUAGCGUUUCAGUUCACACUCCUCAUCGGUUGGUGGCGAUACACUACUCGAAGACGAAGACAGUGUUGCCAGAUUGGGUGUAAUGAUUUCCGCACAAUCACGUUCGAAAACCCGCCCUCUUCAGCACAAAACAAAAAAACGCAAAGUUUUGGCACAGAAAACAUUUAAUCUUUGAAUAAACGUAUGUAAUCCAUUGUUUUUAAAAACAUUGUCAGUAUUGAGAAAACAUGUUAAAUGUAGAAUAGCAUUUUAAAUUAUCACAGAAAUUUUAUAUAAAAAUGUUGUAGGCUUUUUAAAAACAUUGCCAAUAUUGAGAAAACAUGUUAUAUAAAACCUUUGGUAAAACGUAGAAUAGCGUUUUCAUCACGCAUAAAAUGAAUCAGUCAUCAACGGUAGGCUAUAGCCUAGGCUACUGUGAGAACAGGUGGCAAACCCAGAGCCUGCCUACUCAUACAAUUAUACUGAAUCUCUGCAACAGCUGCCGGGGAGGUCUGAACGUAGCGGACGUCCAUUCAUUUCUGUACAGGUUGGAGCGCACCUCCAUAAAACUCAUACGGUUCCUUGCGUUAUUGCGUAUCGCGUUUUUAUUGGUGUGAAAAUAAAAUCCGCCCAAACUUGCUGAAAGUAGCCCAAAUAUUAUCUCAGCCUGAGUCUUCCCCUACUCAUCCGACGUAGUCAAAAAAAAAAAAAAAAAAAAAAAAAAAAAAGCCUGCCCGCCUAAUCUGGCAACACUGGAAGAAGAAGAAAUCGCAAUGCUCAUCGGCUGGUUCUGUGAGCAUCUCUCCGCAAAGCAAUAAAAACAAGAAUUUUAUAUUUUGUGGUCUUUUCUGUGACCAUGCAUUAAUCUGCACGUCAAUUACUGGUUCACAUCAGACUCUGCCUCAUAAACCAUUAUGGCUUCGUGGCUGUAUGCUGCUGUGCUCCUGCUGUGUACCAGGUCAGGAGGAUGCAUGGAAAAGGCCAAUAUCUCAAAUCUCAUUGAAUUCACAGCUGCAGAUUUCUAUGAUAAACUUUAUUCUGGGAGGAUGAUGUUUAUGUAUUUUGAAAGCGAAGUUCCUCCAUCCAUCUCCAUCUUCCUGGUGGAGUUGGAGAAGUCUGCUGAUGUACUUAAAGAUUAUGGCGUGCUGGUUGGUAAGGUCAACUGCAAUAAAGAGACAGUUUCCAAAUAUUGCUCAGGAGACAAAGUAUUACAAACAGCCUUUCUUUUCAGAAGCGGAAAGGAGUAUCUGAGUUUUAAUCUGGAUACUGUUUUUGAUGUCAAUGCCAUUGUAUCAGAAGUCUUAUUUGCAAUCCUGCGUGACGAGGUGAGAUAUGUCCACACUGACACUGACCUGUUGGCGAUGGAGAAAAGCGUCAAAGGAAAGAAGGAUAUUGUAUUAGGUUAUGUCAGCAGUCUGGGGACUCAAGAACACAGGUCAAUUAUGGAGACAGCGUUUGUGUAUGGAUCAAAAUACCAGUUUAUUCUCAUAACUGGAGGUCCUGUACUAAAACACCUUGGUAUAAGUAGUACAUCUCCCUCUGCACGAGUAUGGGUCCUGCACUGUAGAGAACAGAAGGCCACCAUCUCUGACCGAUGCCCUUUGACUCCAAUGAGAAAACCACUGUCCACUCUUAAUCUACACUCCUUCCUUCAGCUUGUUGACACUCCUUUACUGACCGAGAUGCAUGAAGACCCCUCAAAAAUACCACCAUCCCAACAUGUCCCUCAGGUUUUUUUGUUCUCACUUCCUGAAACUAAAGAUAUUGACAAGGAAACUGCUCACAUGUUGGCAUGGAAACUCCGAGGACUCGCCCAAGUGGUGCUCAUACACAGUGAAAGUCUUGCUGUUGAGACUCUUAAGCAAUACAAUGCUGCUUACAGGCUGCCUGGAAAGGCUUUAGAAUAUUUGACCUUACACAGCACUGAGGAGGUGUUGGAGCUUUUUCCAAAUGAGGACACAGAAAAAGUUGCUGAAACGGAAGAGUCAGAAGAAUUUGAGGACUUUUUUGACCAGUUGGACGAUGAAGUUGCUGCCUCUGUGUAUCGGAAACGAGCAGAGGAGCUGGACAUGGAUGUUUUCACAGUACUCAAUACGCAGAAUUUUCACCGUGUAGUAGCGCAAAGCAGCCUGACGGUGGCACUGUUCUACUUGAAACAGGAUGCUGUUUCAAAGGCUUUCCUUGAGCCUUUUGUUGAAGUAGCAGAAAGCCUGUUAGAUGCAGAUGUUGACGAUGUCCAGAUGUGUGCCGUGAAUUGUGGAGAGUGGACAGAUCUUUGUGCUGCACAGUCUGGCACAACCGAGCCGUUUCCCUUUCAGCCAAUCACAGCGUUCCCCGCUGUUAUGAUGCUCCGACCCCAAGAGCCUGCUCAGCGCUACAAAGGGAUGCUAUCAAGCCAGCUGUACCGUUUUAUCCUACUAAACCGUGUCGCUUCUCCUCUUGAUUUGAAUGAUGCUGAUAUAACUUUAUUUAUGAGUGGGGCCAUCCAUCCUGACCUACCCGGACACACUGUUGAUAAAGUCCUGGGAUUAUUCGACACACACUCACAUCCAGGUGCACCAGUGUUUAGUGGAGCAGCCAAAGCUCUGAGAGGAGAGUUGUUGACAGGACUGCUGACGGAUGAUCUGGCGCUGAAAUGGGCGUCUGACCUCAAAGUAGACCUCCCUGCUGUUUUGGUGUUUCCAUCAUGGCGGUCAGAUCAUUCCCCCUCUGUGCUCCCCCUGCCCCCCUCUAUAGAAGAGUUGACAUCGCAUAUAAAGACUGCACUGCUUCAACCCGUGCCUGAGCUAACAGUGGCCAACCUGCCCAACUUCCUGUCCCUGGGUAGAGGUCUGCUGCUUCUCUUUGUGGGGGAAGAGGAGGAUGAAAUCGGGCAGAGGCAGAACAAGGCGCUGGUCAGCGAGCUGGAGAGAGUGGUGGAGAUAGGAGGAGCAAAGAUGGAAAAAUACUUGCCCUGCUAUAUCCAUUUGGGGCGGACUCCAGCCGGUAUUGAUGUCCUUGGAUCAUACCUUGGCUCUGUGCCUCCUCUGCCCUCUCUGAUCCUUACCCACAAUCCAUCAGCAGCGGAAAUCUACCAGUAUCCUCCACGGCUACCUAUUACAGCUUCCUCUGUGCAUCAGUGGGUACAGAGGGUGGAGGAGGGUGGGGAGAAAGCAGCAGGAGUGUUGGGAGAGGAGAGCUGGCCUCCUGUUGCACCGUUUUUGGAUUUCCUGGCGAUAAUGGAUAAGGAGAACCCCUCUUUUGCACGGCAACAACUGCCCAAACAGGAAAUGGGUGAGGGUAAGUCCAAAGAAGAAGAUGGAAAGGUGAACAGUGCAGAUGAUGUGACAAUAGAAGAAGAAACCAAUCUACCUCAUACAGAUCCAAAGCAACACACUGAGCUUUAACUUCUGGGUGACAAAAAUAAGUCAUCUGUCAUCAUCAAUUACCUCAUAUUUUAUACUGUUUUUUAUAUUUUAUUUUUUUAUUUCGAAGUACAUGCAUCUUGAAUUUUUCACUGAAUUCGUUUCGUUUUGUAUUUUGAUGGACCAAGAACACUCUUUUAACAUUUCAGCAUUUUGGUUGGAGGUCCGUCACCUGAUUGUUUCUAUAUGUCAUUGCUCUGCCUGGAAUGUUCCAAAGUAUGACAUUAAACAGCUCUUCCUUACAUUCAUUAAAUUACAGGUGGUUUUAUAGCGCAAAAAUACCUUAAAAAAAAACAUGAAUUGUGACUGUGAGCGAGAUUGCGUCUCCACAGAUCUGACAUGUAACUUGGUCUGGCUUGGUCUCCAUAAAGAUAGAAAGGUUUAAUACCAUACUCAAAACAUAUUCCGGUUGUUCCGGUUGGUAGUAGUAGUCUAUUUUACUUCAUUGUAUUCGUGAAACUGAAGUAAAAGCAUUAUUCUCAUGUUUAAUAUGGGAUCUGCUUUUAGACCAAUGUGCCUUUAUUUAUUUAUUUUUAUUUAUAUUUGUUUAGUUUCUAGUAAAAUGAUAAAGCAACAAUAAAGUUUUAAAAGGGAAAAUCUAUGCAAUCUGAUUAUUAUUUAGAGCCAACAUUUCAGAUUGACCACAUGAAAUAUUCUAGUUAAAUAUUAAAGGAGCACUAUGUAACUUUUUGGUUUGGGGUCUGUCACCUGCUUGUUUCUAUGGAUAUGCCUUUGCUCUGCUUGGAAUGUUCCACAGUAUGACAUUAAAAAGCUUUAUCUUAUGUUUACUCAAUUACAAAUGGUUUUAUACCUCAGAAAUACCUAGAAAAACAUUCUGAAUGUGAGCGGGGUCGCCUCUCCACAGAUUUGACCUGUAACUUGGUCUGGUUAUGUUUCCAUGAAGACAGAAAGGUUUAAACAGUAACAAAACAAUACCAUUUCCAUGAAGAAAAAUAUUUGACGGACACAACACCAGAAAAGCUACAUAAUACAUCUUUAAGGUGUGCAUAGAAAAUAUAUUUGUUAUUUUUUUGGUGUUCCAAAAUUGUUAAUCACUGAAAAAUAAGGUUCAUCUGUGGUCAAAAUGUAAGUCUUAAAAUGUACCAACAAAAAAAUGAAAUAAAACAUUGUUAACAUCACGUAUUCACUUUUAUGUGUACAAGUCUCUCCAUGGCCGAGCACUGAAGUACAUCUGUGACAUGUUAGUGUCAUAUGAACCAUCUCACAUUCUGAGGAGCUCAGGGACCGGCCUCCUGCUGGUGCUCAGAGUCACGACUAAACAAGGGGAGUCAGAGUUUCAGGUUCAUGCAGCUAAAACCUGGAACAGUCUUCCUGAACAUGUGAGACAGGCCUCUUCUGUGACGCUGUUUAAAUCCAGGCUCAAAACAUUUCUGUUUGACUGUGCAUAUAACUGAAAGGUUUUCAUUCCGCACUCUUCUCUCCAAUUUAUGUCUCUCUUUUUUAAUUUUAAUCUUCAUGAUUAUUUAUGUUUUGAUUUGUUUUUAUUAUGAUUUUAAUGUAUUUCUUAUUCUGUAAAGCACUUU